AUGGAAGAGCCUCGCUUCCACGCGUCGGCCGUCGAGGCGGUAGAGGGACGUGGCAGGGCCGGUCGCCGAGCCGAAGGAGACGGACGAGCCCAGCCGGCAGAGUCGCCGCGGCCAGCCCACGUUGGAGGCGCCGAGAGGCGAAGUCACAGGAAAGAAGAAGCAGAGCUGGUUCACCUUGACGGAGAGGCCGCGCAGAGCGGAGAUACAGUCGAGGACUUUCCGGUGAAUGCCACACAUGAAGGCGAGCGCGCAGAGGACGGGGAGGCGGCUGCCGCGACCGCGGAGGUGCCGGUCGGUGGAGACCUCGGCGUGCUUCCGGCGCCAGAUGACGAGGCUUUUAAUGACUUCAACGUGGAGGCCUUUCCGCCGACGCCUCGGGCAGGCGAAGCUGAACACGCAGACGCGCAGGCUCCUGCGGCGUGCGACUCGGCGCCGCUUCGCAGACGGGACCCGAGCGGGGCGGAUGCGCUACGCGAGCGCAAGAGUCCCGCGCGGCACGUCGGAGGAAGCGCCGACGAGCGGAGACAGGUGACGCACGAGGUAGAUCCCAGGAAGAGAAGCGUGACCGUUCCUGAGACGGUAGAGGACGCUACGGAGACGGCCUGGGCGGCAGAUGCGACUCCGACAGCGCGGCCGCUCGCCGCAGCCGUGGAGAGCCGCGAGUCUCGUCCUACGGAGCGGCCAGAGUUCUGCAUCGAAACGAGCGAGUCUGAGUCACUCGCUUCCGUUCUUGCAGACACUCAACGCCAUUCUUCAGCUUCAGCCCCUGCCCCAGGCGAGGCGCAGCGGAGUCCACUUGCCGAGGCCUGCCAGGAAGGCUUGGCUGAGAGUGUUCCUGCGGGCUCCGCCGCACGCGUCCCCAGUUUGGACUCGCCGGCUUCGAGUCUCGCGUCGGAGCCGCUUUUUCCUGACUCCUGUCGUUGUCCUCCUUUCGCUUUCCUGAAGCCGUUCCAUGCACCACGUUCGCCCUCCGGGGCCUCUGGCGCCUCUUAUGUUUCCUCUCCUUCGUGCUGGGCGCGUCCCGCUUUCGCCGCCUCGUCCCCAGCGCUGCCCACACCCGCGCCCGCGCGGCGUGCCUCGCUUUCGAGCUCCUCAAGCUCGCCUUCGCGCUUGGGUUCGCCUGUCUCUUCCUCCGACUCUUCUUCCGCCUCGUCUCCGCGUCGCCGCGACUCGCCGCGGACCCGCCCCUGCAGCGCGGCCGCGCGUCUCUCUCGCGUCAGUCCAGACUUGUGCCCCUUCCUGUUGGAGCACGAGGGCGCGCGCGUGACGGCAGUCCUGUUGAACUGCCUCUCGCUGGCCCAGUUCGAGUUGGCGCGGGCGAUUUUGCGGCAGCUCGUCAGCACGGAUCCCCGCCACGCCGUCGCCCUCACUGCCACGCUCGUCCUCCACGGGCCGCCGCCCUCGUGGCUCUGCUCGCCCAGUGUGCCCAGCAGCGCCCACCUCGCCUGGCUCUGCGCACACGAGCUGCUGGCCGCCUGCGAGCGACAGCGGCGCACGCCGGCGUUCCCUCACGACCGCCGUGGACCGCCCAGUCGCAGGCCUCUCUCUCAGAGUGCGCGGCGUUUCCAGGCGUCUGUCUCGGCGCCGCUUCCCUCCGCCGCUGUGUCUGCCGCGGCGCGGGCCGCUUUGGGGCCGCAGGCGGCGCUGCCCGCGAACCGCCUUCCAUUCUGCCCUGCGUUCCCGCUUCCGCUGCUCGCGAUUUUCCCGGCGUGGCUCCUUCGCCGUCUGCACAUGGACCUGCUUCUCGCGCAGGCGCUGCUAGACUCUGCGGCGCAUGGCACGCCGGUUUUCUCGGCCGAGGUCGCCACGGAGCUGCGCACGCUCCACGCGGUGCUGCUGGGGAUCCCCCUCGAGGUAGCUGAGCAGGGCGAUGCGCGGGAAGCCGGCGGCGCGGUUGGCGCCAGAGCGGGAGGAGUCCAGCAGCUGGAGGCCCAGAGCGAGCGCCCAGGCGAGUGGCGGGUGUCGGAGGUCGGCCGAGGCCUAUCUGCCUGUGAAAGGGCGGCGAGGGGCCCUCGCGAGCAGCUCGAGGGCGUCGAGGCGAACCGCGGAGCUGGGGAGAUACCGCAGGAGCAGACAAGCCUCCCCUCAAGAGAGGGGAGGAGGCCUGCGGACGGCAGUCGCCCCCCGCCGGUCAGGAACGUCGAUGAAGGCGCACGCGAAGGCGAACGCCAGGGCGCAGGGACGCGCUUCCAUCCGACGCCUUCUGGCGUGUCCUCGUCUUCCGCGUCUGGAGCCCAGUCUCCGUUCUCGUGCGAGUGCCCAGAAAUUAUUCACCUGCCGUCGCUGCUGCUGCUGCCUCUUCCACACACCUUGCCGGCGUCGCUCUCGCGCCUGCCAGGGUGCGUCGUCCCUCGGAAGGCGCGCCUCGCGAGCUACCUCCAGGGGACAGCACUUCUCUCGCUCGAGGCAGUGAAGCAGCUGUCGAGCUUUCUCAAGUCGCAUCCUGCGGCUGCGGCCGCACUCUUCGAGGCGCUUGGAUACGCGCCUGCGACGGGCUGGGGACUGGAGGUGGGGACGGGUCGAGUUCCGCUGACGCCGCUCUCGCCGCAUGCGGUGCGAGGCUGCGAAGCAAGCCAAGCACGUGGCCGCGCCUCGUCGUCGAUCGCGCCGCCCGCUGCGCAAACAGCAAGGCGAGAAGGGCCGCCGCCGCGAGACUUGGAGGCGCGUGGCCUGGAGGCUGAGGACGAGGAAGGGCUACGACAACGGGCGGCGUGGGCGUGCAAGCUCGCCGUGGCGAGCGUACGGUGGGAGGGGUGUCGGGGGUCCGGGGAAGCGCGAUUUCUCGUCGAUAUGUCUUUUCUGCUGCGCGUGUUUUCAUCGCAUGCCGACGCCGCGUUCCUCCGCGUCGCCUACUCCGUCCCACGAGUCUUGACGCCUCUUUACAACCCGGCCUCGCUCUUUAGGAGCUUCACGAACCUCCGGCGCAGCCGUGAGUCUGCCGUCCCCUCGCUCGCGCUUUCUGCAGCUCCUCCGCGUGCGGACGACCUGCCGCCGGAGGCCUGCGAGGAAGACGAGUGGGUGAUAGCCGAGUCUGAUGCGCCGCCGAGCCCUUCCUCGCCCCGCCCGCGGCUGGACUGCGGCGUCUCCGCGUCGUCGAGGCCGCUUGCGUUUUUCCUCUCCUUCCGAAGCGGCGGGACAGCUAGCUUCCAGAGCGAGCCAGGCACCUGUGUCCCUGUGUCUAGCCUGAAGGCGCUCCGCCCCGCCACGGUCGAGGCAUUGACCGGCGCGGUGCGGCUCCAAGUGGUCAGGAGACUGCAAGCUUUGCACAUCGGCGUGGCCUCGGAGUCCCUUCUGCGGAUGCGCCGGGAACGCGAGCCGUUUUUCGCCUCGCUCGGCGGCGUGUCAGACCGAAACUCUCUGCAGCUUGCCAGCCGGCUCCGACCUCCCGUCGACCAGCCCUGUCUCUUUUCAGGACUCGAAUCUCUCUGUGCGCUCGCUCCUGGCGACCGCGCCUUGGGGCUGGCGAGCAGGCGGAGGAGGCUGCGGCAGCGUUUCGUCGCUGACGCCUACUGCCACCUGCGGUUUCUUGACCCCUCCGCGGGCCUCCUCGCUCUCCUCUCGUCGCUGCUGCAGCCGCAGCUCCAGCAGAGCUACGCCGCGGCCGUUGCGCAGGCUCUGUGCGCCAUUCGCGAGCUUUGGCAGAGGGCGCGUCGCCCCGGGACCGACGGCAGAGGGAGAACUCGCGAUCCUGCGGCGGAGGCGGGGGACGACAGCGAACGAGAGGCGCGCGAGCCACACGGUCUGCAGUCACCCGCCCCGAAGGCCUUGAGGGCAGCCAGCGUAGAAGGUGCCGCCGCCAGCGGGUCGGGAGCAGGCAAAACAGGGCUGCGGCCGGCUGAAGCGAAGGGAGGAGGGGCCCGCGGCGAUGCAGCAGUCGGAACCGGGAUGCGAGCACAGGGUGACGCGCCUCCUGAUGACGACGUUCAAAAGGAGAAGAGCUGCACUCUGUGCGCCGCUGCGGACUGUCCCCUCCAGAUGGUGACUGUCGUAGAUCGUCUAGGGCCAGUCCGGCGUGAGCUUCUUCGCGAAGGGCGGAGUGCGCUUUUUCUUCUUAUCAGCCUUUUUGUCGCGUUCCACGAUGAUGCCGACGCAGCAGCGCUCCUUUUGCCCGCGCUGCGGCGAUUCCUCGCCGAACUCGCCACGCAGGCGACCGCGUCUCCGGUCGUCCUCGCGGGCCCGCUCGCGCCCGCUGAGGCCGCCCCCGCGCCGGGCGGGCGCGGCUCGACGCUGGCGCAGUCUCCGUCCCCUUCGCCUCCCUCGGCGUCUUUACCCUCUUCGUCUUCGGCUUCUGGCGCUUCGGCGGCGUGCUCCCCGCGGCAAGCUGCGGCCGCGGGUUCGUUCUCGUCGGUGUCCGCCUCCGCUUCGCGUCCCGAGGAGGGAGGAGAGGCUGCCGGUAGAGAAGAUUCCGCGCUGGAGCAGGCGUGGGCUGGGCGAGGAGUUCUGGAGAAGUGCGUGUGGCUCGACUUGAAGGAGGGCCGGCGGUGCUUAGAGAGGAUCUUCGAAGCGUCCCUGGUUCCUCUGCUGCAGGCUGCAGGCAACGAGUUUCUCAGCAAUUCGCGGUCGAGGGCGUCGGCUCCUUCGUCGUCAGCCUUCCCUCUCGCGUGGACAGGGCCGCACAGAGCUGCAGCUGGAGGACUGGGGUCAUUGCGAAGCGGCGCUGGAGGCGAUUCCCACGUAGACGGCCAGCGACUCGUGGUCUCGAGCCGAUGCGCCUCUGCCUUGCAGAGAACUGCCGGCUUUGUUGGAUCUGUGUCUUCUCCGGUGUCAGAGACUGGCUUCGGAGACGGAAACGCAGCGUUGGGCGACGGGCGACGAGCUGCCGCCGCCCGCAGAGACGGACUUGAAGCCGUGGACGCGAAUGACGGCGACGUGUCUAGACACCACAAACCCGCGUCGGCAACUGCUUCGCGGUUUUUCUCGAAAUUCCUCAACCAGCUCACCUCAGCGUCGACUGCCGGCGAAGGUGCCGCGGCCCGCGACGGAGGAGGGAGAGUCUCGCCGGCACUGAUGGCUGAGCAGAGUCAGCGCCGGAUGAGCGUCGACGCACGGGGCCGCGAAGGCGCAGAGCAGGAAGGAAGCGACCCGCCGCAUGGUGCGCGCAGGCCGGCGCGCGAUGCGCACAAAAGUGAGACCAUCUCGUCGCCGCGUACGAGUGUCUCGAGGGAGCGACGCCCGGCGGAAGAGCUACCGGCGCGCCCAGGCUCUCUCGCCCUCUUGCGCGCCGAGUGUCGGCCCUCUGAGGUAUCUCAGGAUGCGCGGCCGUACCCGCGGGCCUCCCCGCCGGGUCAGGAGACCCGCGAGGAGACCCGCCGUCGGGGGGGGGCGUCUCGGCGGAGGCUCACGCAGGGAGCGGAAGGGGGCACUGAGGAAGCCGGGCUGCAGUGUGCGAGCUCGCCUCGAACUAAGGACGCGCGUGAGAAAGAGGAGAGGGGUGGAGGCGAGCGACCUCGCCAGCGGCCGCCCAGCAAGCAGACAAGGCAAAGCGUAGGGCACUCUCCGUCCUGGGCACCUGACAGCCGCGCGCUGUCUCGCGCUCGCGAGUCUUCCCCUGAGGCCGAGGCGCCACACCCGAGCACCGCCUCGCGGCUGCAGCGGGUGGGCAACGAUGGGGAAGACGCAGAAGAGGCACAGGAAGAGGCGAACAGAGGCCGCCGCCACGCACUUUGCAGGGAUUCUGCCCAUGACCAGGAGGACAGUGACACAGAGGAGGGGGCAGAAAGCCGCGGCGCUGCGCCCUCCGAGGCAGAGGCCCGAGGGCGGGAGCGAGGCGGCCGAGGGCGGGCGCGGCUGCGCGCCGAAUCCCAGGAGGAGGAAGUCAAAGAGGCAUACAGAGCUGGAAGCCAUUUGACGCCGCAAGAGGCUCGCGAGGGGGCCUGCGAGAACAAUCUGAGACGGAGGAAGAAGCUCUGGGAUGACAGCCGCAUAGGCGUUUACGGGGAGUGCCCCUCCAGGAGCGUCUUGUCGCGCUUGCCCGUCUAUGAGGCCUUCCUCUCCCAUGCGCCGCUCACAGCCUCCGAGCCGCUUGUGGCGCCUCCCGUUCCCUCCCUCGCGUUGGCGCGGGGGCUCUUCGGCGGCGACGCGAGGGAGGGAACGGCGGAGCGCUCUGCAUUCGCGUCUGCGUCACUCCUCGCACCUUCUCCGCCCGUCUCGACAGAGCCUGAGUGCUCGCCCGCGGAGCCGGCUGCGGCUCCAGUCGCUUCGCAGUUUGCCGCGCGAGCUCCGGGCGAGAAUUUUCUGACACUGCAGCUCUACGGUCACUUGGACGACCACUGGGUCCGGCUGAAGAUGGCCCACUUGGCGUUGCCGCCGGCGUUCGAUUUGAUUUCGUUUUCUGCUGUUUCGACGGGCGCGGCCGACUGUGUUGAGUCGCCGCGGGUGCGCGAAGCGCGCAGAGCGUAUUUCCAGCGAGCUGCGUCCCUCCGCAGCGCCGGGUCGCCCCCCGCGUCCUCGCCGGCUGCCUCCUGCGGUUUCUUCGAAGACUCCAGCCACACUCCGCAUAGUCUGCCUCGCGGGCAGCGCGGACGCGGCGACCCUCGCCCGCCGCGGGGACUCGAAGCGGGGCGAGGAGGCGCCGGCUUGGGCGCCGCGGCCGGGGGCGCCGAAGCGGAUUCCGACCGCGCUCUGGCGUGCAUGAACCUCGACGAGGCCUCCGCAGUCGCUGCGGAGGAUGAAAUGGCCUUUUCGAAAGCCGCAGGCAUUCCGCUUCCCGCCUUCUGGGACAGCUACUACGCCUGCUUGCGCGUCGCGCAGGAGCACUGCGUCGAGUUUCCGCUGAGGAAAGCCGUCGAGCUCGUGCUGCAGAGGCAGUUUGCACUCGCCUCGCGGCUGCUGGCGCCCUUCCCCCAGCUGCGUGCGCUCGUGGCGCUGCUCUGCUGGGGCGCUUUUGCGGGGCAGAUGCGCUCCCGCCAGCGGCUGCUGGACAGCGUCUGGCGCGGGUUCGACGAUAAAAAUGGCGGACGUGCAUCGCCAGCAGAGCCCGCAGACCUCGCUGACGGGCUCACUCCGCGCAGCUGCAGAGACGCCCCGCCGCGGCCCUGUGAAAGAGCCACCCGCGCGCAGGGGCGAGGCGCAGGAGGCAGCCUCGACUGGAAAGAGACCGCCGCGCCCGGCCUGAGGCCGCGCGACGGAGACAUCAUAGUUCAGCAGCACGUGCAGGUCCUCGACUAUAAGACGCGCGCGAGCUGGUGGCUGGCGGCGCUGCUGCUGUCACACGGCGCGGAGUCUGAGUCUGCGUCUCCCUCCCGACUCUCGUCUUUGCCAGGGCCGCAAACGGCCGCCGCAGAGGCCUCACCCGUCGUCCUGAGCUCCGAGAGGUCGGCGCUGUUUCGGCGCUUGUCCGCCAGGCAGGCGGAGUGCGCAGCCCGUCGCCUGCGCGAGGUUGCCCGGCGCUCCCACCGGCCGGGGACUCCAUUUUCCUUCGCUUCUCGUGGAGAGCGUGCGACUGCGGAGGCCCUCGGAGACUCGCCGCAGGGGCCGCGGGACGGUGGCGACUGCUGCGAGACCGCGAGCAAGCAGCGGGGGGCAGGGCGCGGCGCCGCAGAGACCCUCGAGGGUGAAGGGGCGCGCGAAGGCGACGCAGAUUCGAGUGCCUCGCGCGCGCCUGCCGCGUCCGCCGCACCAGUCGGCGCAGGCCGAGACGAAGAGGGCAGUGACCGACUCGUGCUGGACGAGAUGGAGCCCGAAGACCGACUCGCGGCUCUGGCGGCGGAGGUGUUCGAUGAGCUGCAGACACACUCCGCCCUCUUCGUGCUGCGCGCGCGCGGGUGCCUGCCGCGCAUCUCGCCUUCGACGUUCUUCGCAGGGCUGUCGAAGCUGCCGCCGACGGCGCGGCGCGCGACGACGGCCGAGCGCGAGCACGACGCGGAUGUGGCGUACCUUUACUUCGCGCUGCGCGCCGCCAUUCACCUGGUUGAAGCGAGCUCCGCAGCCCCCGCAGCCUUCGCACCGCUGGUAUUGCCCGCUCCGCAGCUCCCUGGCUGGCCGCGCCUGCGUUCGAGGCAGCGGCUGCCGGUGCCUGGGGGGCCCGCUGACGCGGGCGCCGCGUGGGCGCGCGGGAAAGAGAGAGAAGGCGGCGUGCAGCUUCGAAGCAGGGAGCGCGCGACCCACCAGAAGCACCUUGCGGGCACCGCGGACGACGCGUUCGAACGCGACCCCCGGCUCGGUCCCGGCCGUCGCGCGAGUGCCCUGUCCGCGCGACAGCGACAGGCAGAUGGCGGCGCCUACGCCGCGAAGAGAGGCAGAAGCUCCUCACGCGGCGAGCGAGAAGCCGCAGCUUCCGCGGAGCAGACUGGUAGUUUGCGAGAGGAUGCGGAGAGCGGGCGCUCGUGGAAGGGCAAGGCGCAUCCGUGGGAGACGUGCGAAAGGCACGACGAAGAGGAGGCCUCGGGAGCGUCGUGUGCAGACAGAAGAAAAGGCGCUCGACCGCGAACUGUGUCCAAGCACAGAGCCGACCUGCAAGCGACCGCUGACUCUACAGAGGCGAGGAUGCAGCCCCCUGAGGCGGCGCACGCGUCUGUGCCCUUUGCGUCCGUGGAGCCCAGCGCCGCGCAGACCGGGCGCUGGGUCUGGGGCCGCUUCGCUCGCCCUGGAGACAACGCGGACUUGGCUGUGGCCGCGCGCAAAGCCGGACGACAGGCAGACGUCUUCCUUCUCCUCGACUCUGAGGCGCCCAGGCAUUCGCGGCGGGAGCUUUCUCCUCUCCAGGCGGACAGCGUCGCCUACGUGUCCGCGUCUCCGGCGCAGGCCGCCGGCGCGCUCAAGAGCCCAGAGGCGAAGAAGGCCGAACGUGCCGGCGAGGUCGCCAGCUACGCCGAGGCUGGAAAGCUCCCGGCGCCCGCCGGGUCGCAAGCCUCCGCGCAGCGGCUUGAAGCCCUGCUUCCGCAUCUCAGCGACUUGAUCGGGGCUGUCCGCCGGCCUUCGUACCGCGUCGCGCUGCUCCUUCACCUCUGCAGUCUCUGCUUCACAGCUGUCGCCGACGGCGGCCUCUCGCAAACGCCGGAAGAGAUCCGCGACGCCCGCGCGAUGGAGAGGAGACGCUUCAUCGUGCCGCCCAACGUGCUGCUGUCUCUAGUCAUGCUCAUCAGAGCUCACCUGGAGCAGCUGAGCGAAGAAGUCGUCGGAGAGGCAGAGUGGGAGGGCGAGUAUGGGCGGUCAGACGAAGACCGCGAGGAGUCGACUGGAGAAGAGAAAGAAGACUGGAAGGAGGAACGGUUCGCAGGAAGUCGGCGAGAGGCGGCAAGUAGAGGCCAGCGGCCUGCGGGAUGUCGAGGGGAAGCCAGGCAGAAGGCGGAAGGAGAGAAACACUCGGGCGAGGAAAGAGCGCACAAUGGCGUGCUGCUUUUCAUUCGCGCUCUCGACUGCUUCACUCAAGAACUCUUGUGGAGAGGUCAGCUCUGUCUGGAGCAGUUUUUCGACGGCGUCGCGUUGUCGGCGGCCCCCCAUGCUGGGAGUGCAUGGCCGCACACGACGGCUGAGCCUGGCGGUGACAGCCGCCCGCGCGUGGCUGAGAGCCUCGGCUCUCCGUCUCCCUCGCUCGCGCGCUCUCCGUUGCCCAUCUUCCUCGUCGACGCGUCAGCGCCGCGUUUUGCCGCGCGUGCCAGGCAACGAGGCGAGCGACAGAGGCGGCCGUGCGAAGAAGGACAGUCCCCGAGAGGGGCGGCCGCCCUUACGCCCAACCAGGACGCAAGCUCCUCGGGGGGGCCUUCCCUGGCGGCGCGUUCCUCCUCGUCAGACACCGAGCCGCGGGCGCCGCGGAGCGGGCGGCCGCGUGCGCUCGCGUCUGUCGUGUUGAUGCCGCAGUGGCUGCAGCGCUGCCGAGAAAUCGGCGCAGUGCCCACGCUGCCAGCCGCGGCCUUCCAGUCUACGGCUGGCGCCGCAUUACUGGACAGCGGCAGCGACGCGGAGGGCGUCGGGGGGAGAGGCCGAGAGAGCGGCGGAGAGAGGAGAAGAGACGCGGCGGCGGAGGCCGCGAGGGCGCCGGGUGAUGCCGGCGGACGCACGCGUUUGCAGUUGGCGAGACGAAGCGAAGGGACGACGGGUUCGCCGAGCCGGGCGGGGCGAAGGCUAAGCCCUGCGGCGAGCGACGGGAGUCAGGUUACCUCCAGAAGCCUCGGGCAGACGCGCGUAGGCAAGGCGCUGAAGCGGUUCACGACGCCGGUCGCCGGACAACGCAACGGCGAAGGCAGACUCUCCCUCCGCGCGAAUGCAUUCAGCUUCCACCUUCUCUCUUCGCCUUCCCUCCUCGUCGCCCGCACGCUGCAGCUCAACGACUUUGCCUUUUGCGCGCGCUUGCUACGCUACUUCGACUUGCCGCAGAGUCUGAACGCCACGGUCGCCGUGGCGCGGGCCUUCGCAGAGCUGCGGCGCGCCCUCGGGAGAGAGGCCGCCCUCGAGAAGAGCCCCGCAAAACGGGCGCGAGCCGCAGGUGCGCUGCUGGAGAGCGCGCCUGCGGAAAUUCAAGUGGCGGCAGAAGAGGCCGUGAUCGCCAUGACCAGGGCUUUUCCCGCGGCCUCUUCGCUCGCGCCGGUUGCGGCGUGGCCGCUGGCGCUUGCGCGCGGCGCGUCCUCUGCUGGGGCUGCGGGACCGCUGGGCGCUGCAGCCGUGUCGUUCUCCGCCGCGUUGGUGGAUUGGGCUUUCCUGCUGCUCAUCCAGUGGCCCCAGCUGCUGGCGCUCUACGCACACGUGGAUGCGGCCGUCUCGUGCGCAGCUUCGCCACCCGCGUGCGCGCUGCUUCUUCGGCGCGCACUCGACGCCCUCGAAGGCUCGAGUCCCCUCGCGCCCAUUGGCGAGCGACGCGCGGGUGAGGGCGCGGAGGGCGAGGCCGAGCCGGCCGCGGCCCUGGAGGGCGGAAACGCGUCGCUUCCAAGCGCGCUUUCAUCCUUCUUCAAAACUUUCGUAGACAGACUGUCGGUCCUUCUGGAGGCGCGGAACCCCAUGCCGACCUCCUGGCGGCCACUCGCCGGCCUGCUGCUCGACGUCGAGGCGCUGCCGACCGAGCCCGCGCUGCUGCGCUCUCAUCUCUACUCGCUGCAGAAGCAGAAAACAGCUGUGGCGUCGCUCGUGGAGACGCUGCAGUUCAUCAAGGAGGGCAAGCGGGCGCUGCGGUCGAUGCAUGCGGCGCGACUCUACCUCGCCACCGCCGUCACGAUUCUCAGCUCGGAGCUCGGCAUAAAGUCGCGGAAGCCGGACGCGAGUCUCGCGGGCGACGGCAAAGCACUCGCCACAGGCGGGGCAUGCAGUGGAGACAGCGCCCGGGAUCCACGCCACUCCGAUGCGGGCGCCACGAACGUCUCUCUCGCGGCUCCUUCUGAUUCAGCCGCGGUCUCGUCUGCCUCUGGGGCAGGCGCAGAAGCAGAGCCCGGUGUGCGACGCACUCACGGCGCCGGCGAGGAGAAGGAAGCGACUCUGAGCUCUCAGCAGCUGACCGCGGUGGGGGACGUGGCCAGCGCAGAUGCGCCUGCCGGCGACGCGGCGGAGCCCGGCGGCCGCGCGUCUGCGCAGUAUCUCUUGCAUUUUCUUCAGUACUUGAGUCGCAUCGUGGAGCUAACUGAGGCGGCUACCCACAAAUUUCAGAAGAAAUCGAGCGCUGCGCAAUCCUCGAAAGGCACUUCGAACGCGUGCGCCUGCUGCGGUCUCACUGAUGGAUGCUUCUACACAGCGUGGGGCUCGCCGCCCCCGCCCUCGGCCUGCCCGGUGGGAUCCGCGGACCCAGGGCCCCUCAGGGCGCUCGCGGACGCCGAGGCGGCCGCGAGCCCUGCUUCAAUGCCUUUGUCUGGCGAGCCUGCGACUUCCGGCGCUGCGGCCCGCGGCAGCCUGGCGGUCGGGGGGCCUUCCCGCGCCCCUACCUUCGACUUGUUUGCGGUCCUGUUCAGCCGGCCGGAGGCCACGAUCGCGCGCGUCCUCUUCGAGCUUCGCGGGCGCGCCGAGGCACAGAAGCUCGCUGGGCUCAUGGACGUUGACCUCGUUAGUGUUUUGAUCCAAGCUGCGACGCCCCUCCAGCUCUUCCUUCUCCGCGGCUUCGAGGCGACCGGACGCGCGGAUGCGCGCCGAGGAGAAGCAGACUCCGCGCCUGAAGUCCCGGCGGAGCGGUGUCGCACCCUUCAAGCUGAGAGGUCUCUACAAGCCGGACCCGGCGACGUCUCUUCAGUCCCCUCCCUCGGCGGUCGCUCCGGCUCCGCGCCCGCCUCCGCGACCCAGGGCUUCGCGAGUUCGCGCGCGUGGCGCGCAGGGGGCAGCCCGCCGGCGGCGCUCGGCGCCUCGCCGUAUGUGCUGUCGAUGCGGACCGGCCUGCUGCUAGCGCAGCUCGAGCAACCCCUGAAAAACGCGCGCGCCAGAGACACCUGUCUCCUCGCGGCGCUCGCCUGCCUGGAGCGGCUGCCUGAGCGCUGGCCAUCGCGGAGCUUCUACCAAGCGAGUCUCGCGCUGAUUGGCGACGACCUGCGCCCGCUGCAGCGCUGGAUAGAAGAGCGCAUCUGGUACUGGGAAGCACUCCGGCAAGGCGCAGGCCCAGGCGCAGGCGCGCAGGCCUGCACACGCGAGGCAGACUGUCUCGCCUGCGAUGGAGCGGAAGAAUCCGAACGCGCCACACAGAACGGCGACGCGAGGCUGCCCGAGCCGGAAGCAGCCGCCGACUCCGCAACGGCGGCGGCCACGCGCGAGAGGAGAGAGGGGCGCGGAGAAUCCGAAGUCGAAGCGGAUCUGCUAAGUAGAAUCGAAACGCAAGGAUGGACGCCCGACCAGCUCGCGGCGCUGCCGCCACAUCUUCGUGGGCUGCUUCUCGCAGUUGCGGACGACCUGGAGGUGAGCACGGAGGCGUGUGCGCGGCGGCAAGCGACGGGGCUGAUGCGCCGUGGAGAGCUGCAGUCCGCGCUUCGCCUAAUCGACCGCACUCUGCCAGGAGGAAGUCCGCUGCAGAGACGCAUUUUGCGUCGUCUUCUGCGCAGCCACAUGCGCAGUGCAAAGCACAGUCCCGCCUCCUCGCCAGCAGGCGCGAGCGGCCUUCUUGAGCGGCCGCCGGCGCCCGCCGCAGAGGCUGAGCGCGCCUUCGAGGGCGGGGAGCGAUCGGCGCCUGAUGUCCAGCUAGCAGCAGCCGACCCGGCGGGCUCGACGCACGCGGGCACGGGCGGGCGGGUAUCGCGAAGUCCCGAGGAGGCCCAGGGGGACUCCUGCGGAGACGACCUGCCGCUUCCGGGCUGCAUCGCGCGUGAGGAAGACGCCCUCCGGGCGACGGAGGCUGCGCUCGCGCUCUACCGAUUAUGGGACGUGCGGACUGUGCAAGAAACGCUCACCUGCUGCCUGCGCCGCCUCCGCGCAGAGGCGCACGCCGCGGCGGCGACCUGCGCAGAGGAAGACGCUGACACGGAGACCUCCUCGGACGCAGAGAGAGACAGCACCUGCACCACGAGCAGCGCGGAAGAAGAGGAAGAAGACCUGCGCGAAGAAGGAGAAGGGACGGCAGCGAAGACCAGUUUGAAACGCCGCGUUCCCCCUGCGACAGCGCCUGUCUCACACGCCCCGCAGGCUGAGGCGACCUGCGAAGAACGAUCUGAGCAGGAAGCGAGCGAAGACGGUCAGAGGCCGCGCGACGCGCAGUCGUGGGCCUGCUGCGAGGUCUCCUCUCUCCUGCCGUCGACCGGGGAGCCAAGUGAUUCAAGUCUCGCCCUAGACCGGGAAACGACUCCGAGAGAGAAACCGACGCGGCGCGAGCGACGCGAAGGCCUUAUCGCUCGCGUUGAGCAGGUGCUCACGCAGGUGAAGACCUUCAGCCGCGCAGUGGAGCUCUGCGGAGAAAUCUGGACAGUCUGGCAUGGCGUGGAGGCGGCCUGCCAAACGGCUGAGGGCGUCAGCGAAGUCGUUCACGUGCUCCUGAGCCACAAUGGCCACGAACUCGCCAGAGAAAUCACCGAGCUCUAUACCCCUGCGGCGGCGGCGCUUCUUCCGACGGUCCACCUCUCUCAUCUGCUGCACCUGUUCACUGUCUGCGACGACAAGACGAAUGCGGUCAAGGCGCUGCUGGCCAACGCACCGCGCGACGCGGUCGCCCUCGGGUUUCAGAUGCUGCCACGCUCGCACAAGAUCUCGGAUCGGCUGCUUCUCUGCAGCGUGAUGCUGUCCCCCCCGCUCGGCGCGGCCUUGACGGCGGCGGAGCGCGCUCGCGUCUCGACGCUCUCGGCCUCGCUCCAGCUGCUCGAAACCGUCUCAGCGUGCGUGGAGCCGCCUCACGAGGACCUGCUCCUUCAUCCGCACCUGCUGGCUGAGUCGCUGCUCAUGAACGCGCGCAGCGACGUCCUCGCCCCCUUCUUCCAGCGGUGGCCCGAGCUGCGCGACGACGACCUCAUCCUGCAGUACGCGCGGAAGGCGCUCUGUCUUCCGCACGCGGCGCGUGUCUCCGCCUCGCCAGCCGCUGCGCUGCCGUCCGCCUCUCUGCCGUCCCGCACGGCGCGCGAGCUGCGCCUCCCGCACGGCAUCGGGGGAAGGUGGAGCCUGACGGGCGACGCUUCGCAAGAUGCUUGCAUUCGGCGGAUGCAUGCGUUCGGCGUUUUCCCCUCGCUGGACAUCGCGCUCCAGCUGCUACACUUGUGUCUGCCGUCCUCCGUGCGCAACGCAGAGGCCUGUCUCCGCAUCUGCGACGACCUGUCUCUUCGCCUUUACGCGUCAGUUCCUGUGCACCCUGUCGCGGCGCACCAGUCUCCUGCGUGCUUCCUGUCGUCUUCUCCGCUGCUGGCUUCCCUGCCCGGAGCUCCACCGUCGGGUGUCUCGGCCUCGUCUCCCUCGCUGGACACGCCCCGCUCGGCGCUGCCUGCGCCAGCCGAGCUGCCGCACGCUUCGCCUCCCGCGGCUGCUCCAUUGGCGACUCUGGCGGGGGGCUGCGCCGCAGACGCCAAGUCGUCAUCAGCUCCACAUCAGCUCGUCUUCGUCCCAGCGCCUCUCGAGCCGCCGGGCGGCCAAACCCUAAACCCCGCUGGGGCGCGGCGGGCGCCCUCCGCGCCGACGAAGCGCCUCCAAGGGACUAAGGGGGGGCAGGCCGCCGCCGCGAGCCUGGCGCUGGUCGCGCAGCCUCCGCGCGCGAACACCGCGGGCGUUUCGCCGCACGCGCUGUCGCCCUUCAACUGCUUCGGGGCUGUGCAUCCCUCGCGCUCGACCUUCAAGGCCGUUCAGGCCAUCACGAGCCGCGCGGGGUCGGUCCGGUAUGUCUCCUGCUUGCCGCUGCGUCUUCUGCUGCCCUCACGAGCUGAGGCGCUCCACGCGACGCCGGCGCUCUCCGAGUCCGACGACGCAUGCGACAGAUGGGGCGUCGGGCGGCAGCCUCGCCUCCUCGCGACUGGAUCUCGGUUUGCGCCUUCGGUUGCCAGCGGGGGGGACGGACGAGGCGAGGUCGCUGGGAGGGCUGCGUCGCCAGACACCGCGUUCCAGUCGUCGGCUUGGUGGCUCUCUCCCUCCUCUUCUUCCUCUGGCUCCAGCUGCUGGUCUACAUCGCCGUCUGCGCUGAGUGCGCAGCCGCUGGUGUGUAUGAUUCUGCAGCUGCUGCAUUUUUGCCGCGCCCACUUCGCGGCCUCGGUGCCUGGCGUGAGUGCGGCAGUGCUUCUCGGACAGGAGCUGCUGCCUUUCCUCGUGCACCUCCGCGAGCGCACCGGCCGUCGUUACUCGCUGCUGAGUCUGAUGGCGCUGGACGAGGGAAAGCAUUUGCGGGACUCGCUUAUCCGCGCUGAUCACCUCGCGCUCGCCGCAGACCUCUGCGGCUGCUACCAGCGCGCUGCGGAGAACCUCCGCGAUACUGCCCUCGCUGAGGCGCUCGCGACGCUGCGAGUGCAGCACGACCGACUCGCGCCCGCCGGCAAAGACGGCCGCCGCGCUCGACGACAGGACCCGGUCCGCGAGCGAGGGGGGGGUGAAGCCACGCGGCGGGACGCCAGCCCCGCCGGUGAGCGAGGCGGAGAAGGCGCCGAGGCGCGCGGCAGUGCGACGCAGAGACAAGGCAGGCACCGCGAGGCUUCGGCUGACAGGCACUCGCGCGUCUCUUCGUACUACUAUUCGCCCUCGCGCGUCCUGCGGCGCGACGAGGAGGCGCCGCGGCCCCCCGGCCUCGCUUCAGCCGGCUCGCGGGGGAACAUCACCAGCUGCAGAGAGAAGGGUGAAGCAGACGCGGAGUCCUAUGCUUCGCUUCAAAUCGGCGCGCUGCGCUCCCUUGCGCCUCUUCCGCUUUCCGCCGCCUCAUCGCCGCAGGACGUCUACGCCUCCGGCGCGCACGCCGUGGGAUGCCGUGUGGGCGACGCCCCUUCCUCAAUUCUGACGGCCCUCAGCGCAAAUCCGAACGUUGUACUCAGGGCGUAUCCUGUCGGAGAAGUGAAGACUGUCACCCUCCUUCGCAUGGGCGACUAUGAGAAAGCCGGGCGCGAGAUGGAGGAGGCUCUCGCCGUCAACCAAGUUCAGCUGGACAUACAGCGCGAGCUUCAGUGGCUUCUGCACUUUGCAUCCUUCUUGAAGAAGCGAGAAACAAUCUCUGGAAAAGCCGCCUCGCGAGAUGACUCAAAGAGGGAGACACAGCUCUUCCAGCAGCUCUAUCCUCGCCUCGUCGCCCUCCAAAACGCCGCCUCGCCCCGGGCUGCACUGCGCACUCGGCCUUCGUCGGUCUCGCUGCGGUCGGCGGGGUCUCCUGGCCCCGCUGGGCCUCCCGCGGCGCCCGCCGGCGGCGCCGCGAAGGGCGUCUCUUCGACCGCAGUUGGCGGCGAAGGCACUUCUGACAGCAGCAAGGGGGCAGAGGCGCAAGCCGUAAAGGAGGGCGGAGCGCCGACGAACGAUCCUUCCGCGGCGCCGUCAUCGCGAGCUGGGGCAGCCUGCCACCCGUCUGCGUCGACGUCACCGACCACCGCAAACCGCGACCCUGGAGACUCCAAGCUCGAGGCCGAGGAGACAUUUUUAAUGUACCAGACUGCUGCGCGCUCGUGGCGAGCCUCAGCUGUCAUCCGCCGCACACGCGAGUCGAGACAGAAAGCGGGAAAGCCGCGCCGGGAAGACGCAGGUGCCUCCGCUUCUGCACCGAGAGCUUCGCAGACCAGCAAGGACGAGCAGGGCGUGGGUGCAGGAGAUCUUGGCAGCGAGGAACUGACGCAGCAGGACAGAGAGGAGGCAAGCGAAGUAGGGGCGAGCAGACGGAAGCAGGCAGGCGACGUGGGAACGGCGGACGCCACAGGGCCUUCACACGUUCCCGCGAGGGCGCGCGCAGAAGGCCAGGUUCGACUAGCUGUCAAGACAUCGAGCUGGAUAGCGCGGCUAGCCGCAAUCAAACGCCAAAGUCCCGACGGCGAAGGCCUCUCUCUGCGACGAGUCACGGAGAUGCUCGACAGCGAACGGAGACGAGUGAGAGGUGAGUCGCAGGAGGCAGAGAGAAGCGAAGGAGGAGACCGCGCCGCCGGGAAAGCAGGUGGGAGCACGGCAUUGGUUGGCGGCGCGGAUGAAGGAAACCGGGGCGAGGCGAGAAGACUGACCUCGAAGAACGCAGACGAAGACCCUCGAUCGACCGCAUCUGGUCGUGCAACAAAGAACGAUGUAUUCACAGGGGCCGCUCAUUUCUCCUCGGCGUUCUCAGCGGUACAGUCUGAGCAGACGGCAGGCGACGCGUCGGCCGCGUUGCCAAUGAGGCAGAGGAAUUAUCCUGUGGAGUCGUCUCCAUCCUCGUCUUCGUCCUGCCCCGUGGCUUCGGCGAGCGGGAAUCCCCCGCGGGCAUCGCCCUUUUUGCGUGGCGUCCCCGCGGGGUCCGCUACGGGGGCGGGGGCCCUGGGACGUGACGCCCGUCAGAACGUGCAUCUUUCUGCGCGGACGCUCUCCGCCUUGGAGGCGGGCAUCAAGCAUGUGCCUCUCUUUUCGCUCCCGACGCUUCAGGCGUUCAGCAAGCGCGUCUCCGCUGAUGUUCUCCAUCGGCGUCUGUACGGGCUUCCGCCACGCGUCCCGAAUCUCAGCACGUUGCUCUACUCGCCGCUCGUGGAGAGGGUGGACGCAUCUCCGGCUCCGCGCGCCGACCGUCUCUCGUCGAGCCCGGUCGAGUCGGCCGCGUCGUGGCUGUGCGCCUCCAGUCCCAUAUGCGCCGAUUCGCUUCGCCGUCUCCUGCCGCCGGUGUCCGGGCCCUUCCUGCAGGCCUUCCCGCCUCUGCCCCGUCUGCCUCACGAGGCCGCCGCCCGCGCCCACCUCGCAGACGUGCGACAGGCCCGUCUGGAGUAUCUCGCACAGCUGCCCUGCGUCGCCCAGGCGGUCGCUGGAGACCCCACACGCGCCCCUGCUGCCGGUCUGGCUGCGGUGGUCGGGCCCUCAGCCACGGCGACAGUUUCGGGCUCGCCUAGCCACGCCUCCAGCGGGGCGCUGUGGUCUGUGACCCCCGCAGACGCCUCUUUCACAAACUCGACCUUGGCGCCGCUCGGUCGGGCCGGCUCGAAUAGGCAGAUGUCGCCCGCGGGUCUGCUCGCGCAGUCGGCUCUGAGGGGCUCCGCCGUGUUUUGUGCCGGGGCGCCGGCGGUGUCUCCGCCGGUGGCAACCGGCGCCCACGCCACCAAAGCCGCGGGGGCGAAGCGUUACGCAUCCCUCUCGUCCCCUGCAGGAGCGGCGAGGCCGGCGGGCCUGCACCCGGGCGAUGGCCAGGAGGCGCACGAGAGAGCGGCCGCGCUGAAGCCGCGCGUAGCAGGCGCGAGCGACAGCACACCCUCGGCCCCGGAGGAGGGCGCGAACGUGCCUGCGGGGGAUGCGUCGGCGGGGCCCGUGGGUGUCUCCUCGGCGCCCGUCGAGGCCUCAUCUGUGGAGACAUGGCCCGAUAUCGAGACGCUGCCAGAGGUCGCUGCGCAGAUUCUGUCGACGUAUGUGUUCAAAUGGAACGUGCAAGCCCUCGAGCGCCGGGUGUUCCCUGGGGCGGUCGCGCCCUUCAGUCGAGGAGUCCCUUGUGGGAGCCUGCCCGCCCGCUGGGGCGAGGGCGACCGUUGCAGUCCGCGAGGAGGGGACGGCUGGGCGUUUGAUGCUCCUGGCGGCUCGCUGCAGCGCCGAGACAGUGUAGGGGGGCUGCCAGUGGGCACUGACGAGCAGAGGAGCUUCGCUGCGGGGAACUCGACCCUCGCGGCGUCGUGGGCCUCGCGCGACGCAGAAGGCCCGCCCGCGGCCGCGAGCCACCAGCAGGUCAGGUGGCAAGAGGACAUGGGCGCGCGCACGUGGCUGCCGCGCCCCUUCUCCGCGGGACACAUGAUUCGCGCCGUCUGCUCGUUCUGCCUCGCCGAAGCGCUGCCCUCGUGCGCCGACGUCCUCCUCGCGCAGGGCGCCGUUACCGCAGGCGUGCAGAACCCCUUGCCAGAGGUCGAAGGCAUCCUUCUGUACUAUCACGAGCGCUACGGGGCGCUCCGUUCUGUGCUGAAGCUUCUUCUCGACUUCGGAGACUACGCGCGGGCGUUUCAGCUGCUGCUCGACGCGCCGUCGUCGGGCGGCGUGUCGUCUGUGCGGCUCUCGCGCCGCGUGUCGCCCUCGGGCGUGGUCCCCGUCCCCGCCCCCUUGCCUCCACAGAAGGCCUCCGCCUCGGGGCCAGCCGCAGCGGGCGCGCGCGCGCUGCCGGUCGCUGCGCAGUCCGCACGCAAGGCGCCUGCGAAGAGAGGCGCCACGGUGCUCGCGCGGGCGUUGCCUGCAGCAGCGGCGGCCUCGGCCUCCGCGGCCGCCGAGGGGGCCGGGGGUCUCUCCCGCGUCGCCAUUCUCAAGAGUUUCUGCGACAGAGUCUUCGGGGCGCUCGCGACGCCGAGCUUGGCGCCGGCGGGGCUCGGAAGGAGCGCCUCGCCGACGGGCCCCUUCGGCGCGGUCGCGGCCGCCAGCAUGCUGAUUGAGAGCUUCGUCGCUCACUCCGUCGCCCUUCAGCGUCUGCCCGACGUGCUCAGGAGCCUCGCGCGCGCCGGGAAGGGCAGCCGUGGCGAGGCCUUCAUCGAGGCCGUCAAGCUUUGCCUGCGAAAACGCCGCGCACUCCAGACUCUCUACGCUAUGCACACGAUGACGCACGACUUCCUGAACGCGGGCAUUCUCGCAGUUAUUCUCUCUCUCGCUGCGAGCGCACGCGUCUCGCCGUCUCCUGUCUCUGCUCCCGGCGAGCGGCCGCGCGACUUCCGUGCUGUCUCCACGCCCGCCGUGCCGCGGCUCGCAAGCAGGACCGCGUCGGGCUCGUCGGCCGAACGCAGUCGGAGUCGGACGGCAGAGGGGACAGGGCCCGCGCCGCAAGGUUUCGCCGACAAGAGCCUCGCCGUUUUCGACGCCGCCUCCGCGGCAGGUCCGCCGCGGUGCUGGGAUCAGCAGAUGGGCUACCUGCAGGAGGGCGUACGGCUUCUCGGAGGCGUCUUGGCGGAGGUCAAGAAACGCGACAGGAGCCACGGGCCCUCGUCGCUAAGCAAAGAGGCCGGCUCGCUUCCCGCCACCCAGCGGCACAGCGCGAACCCUUUCGGGGGGCGGCCGAGCGCUUCUGCGUCUUCUGUUGCGUCCCACCGCUCGUUGCAGAGCCCCUCGCCAAGCGGCUCAAGUCGUUCUUCUCGCUCGUCUUCGCCAUUCGCGCCGUCUGUCGCCUCCGCCGCGAGCUCCUCCGCGCUCGCCGAGGGGGCCGCCCCGCUUCUGGCGGUCGAGGCGCGAGUGGAGGGCGCUGACGCUGUCGCCGGCAGCGUUCCGUCCGCCGACCCCGCGGGGCGGAAGGCGCUCGUCUCGGCUUCGGAAGAGCGUGAUCUCUCGCCAUCUCUUUCUUCGGAAGAGAAGAAAGAGAUGGCGAGAGAUAACGCGCUCGACGGAGGAAAACAUCCUGGAGGGGAGCGGGACUUUCAAUGGGGGAGGCCUGACGCCCGCGACAGCGAGUGCAGAAAGACGAUCUGCGGCGACGAAGUCGGCGACGGACGCGACGGCAGCGCCGCGGCGCCCCUCCACGGGGUAUGCGAGGGCUCUGGAGACCAGGAUAAAAGCCGAUCCUCUCAGGGGAAAGAGGGGGCCGCGGGCGGGGAUGUCCAGGGGAGACUGUCUGCAGGGCUGAAGGAGGCGAGCGACGUUUCGACGAGCGAGGACGCUUCGCUCUCUCGGUCUCCAGGAGACAGGGAGGGUGUGGCGACCAGUGCGGCGGAGAAGGACAGCGAGACUGAUGGAAGGAAGAAGGAAGGAGAGGAUUCCUCCAAAGAGGCAAAAAAGGCGGCAGAAGCCGCUCCAUCGGGUGCCCCGGCCUCUCAGUGCGAGCUCCUCGAUUUAGGCGAUCAGCGAGAUAUCUCGAUGGAUGAGGUAGACGCGGAGUCGCUGGCGACGCUGCUUGAGCUGCUGACGCUGCAGCUGGAGUGCCUCGAAGCCUUCCCCUCGCUGCCACCGUCACUGUCGCUCUUGACGCCCCAGCAGGAGCACCGCGUGCGACUCUGCGCCUGCUUGCUCUUUUACGGAAAGUUCAACUGGGCUCUCAAGGCUCUUCGGCUCUGCAAACUGAACCGCGUCGAGGUCUUCCUCCAGGCCGCCACGCUGAUCGCAAGCAAAACAAACAAAAUCCAACGGACGCACGAGUUUCUCACCAAGGUGACGGCGUACCUGAGUGCGGAGGAUAUGGACAUGCUGGCGUCGAGCGCAGUGAACGUCUGGGCAGUAGAGCAUAGCGCAGACCCCAGCCAGUGCCAACAGGCGAUGUACCUGAUUCCCUUCCUCUCCUCGCCCUACCGGCGCUUCGAGGCACACCUGCUGCUCUCGUCGCUCGCCUCGUACGCGCCGAACCUCGCGGGCGCCGACGGCUCCACGCUCGCCUCCGCCUCCAGCGUCUUCUGCUCGGGCGAGCACCCCGACGGGUCCGACGCCCUGUCCCCCCCGCCGCCAGUCGGAGGCGGCGGAGACAGGGCCCACGCCGGCGCGGCGGGGCUUCUCCACGGCGAAGGCGCGGCCGCGGGCGUGCCCUCGUCCUUCUCGUCGACUGCUUCGGCCUCUGCCUUCGCCUGCCAGCAGCUGCAGCAGUGCAUGCAACUCGCCGCGCGCCUCGCGUCCCCCCAGCUGCUGCAGGCCUCGCUCGAGGCCGCGCAGGGCCAGGGGCACUCACAGCUUGUGCAGCAAAUCCAAACGCUGAUGCGCCAGCAGGAAAAACGAGCCAAGCGGCGCGCCGAGUAG